UACGAGGAUGUAUUCGCUGGUGAAGAGCGUUAGAAAACGCCGGAUAAUCAUGGAAUAUUUUGUAAAGACGCUGGAAACGUGAACUUCGAGUAUAUGCGAUCAGCUGUAGCAUCCCCGUUGUGCAAGAGCCAAAACAACAUUAUGUGUCAUUGAUAAGCGUAAGCGAUGGCAAUCGCUGAAGAUGAAAGGAGCUCCAAUUGUUUGCAAUCAUCCACUGGACUGUUAGAAAUGACAACGCGGUAAAGUAACAUUUAGAAAAACAAGCUUUGUCACCGGAACCAGAUAUGCAGUCGACACGUAGGUGUUCUGAACACAUGUUUCGGUUACUUUACUACUGUUUGUUGCUGACUCUGACAACCGGAAAGGCAUCUAUAUUUACGAUGACGGGGAAGGAGACGACGCUGAUUGACAGACCAGACGGCGUCGAGGCAGGUGAUGUCCCGAGCUACGAAACGAUGGCAGAGGAACCUGCUGGCCAGCACCCAGGUGGAGAGAAAACAAACGGGGCACCAUCGGAACGAAGUGGCGAUGCAGAGAAAUUGGAAAGGCGGUUGCCCAAAGCCUUGAUUAUCGGUGUUAAGAAAGCAGGCACGCGAGCGCUGCUGGAGUUCCUCAGGUUGCAUCCCGACGUCAGAGCUACGGGUCCUGAAACCCACUUCUUCGACCGCCACUACAACAAAGGCAUCGAGUGGUACAGGCUCCAGAUGCCGCUGACACUACCAGAGCAGAUCACCAUGGAGAAGACGCCCAGCUACUUCGUGACCGAAGAGGUUCCGGCUCGCAUCCGAAACACGCUUCCCGAUGCCCGCCUCCUGGUCGUAGUUCGGGACCCAGUCACUCGAGCCCUCUCCGACUAUGCCCAGACGGCUUCUAAGCGUCCUGACACCACUCUGCCGUUCGAAGCGCUAGCGUUCCGUAGGCGCAACAGCGACGUCGACGAGGCGUGGUCCGGCAUACGCAUCGGCCUGUACGCCAAUCACCUGGCACAAUGGCUCAGGCACUUUCCCCAGUCCCAGAUUCACGUCGUCAGCGGCGAGGAGCUGGUGAGGAACCCAGCCCGCGAGAUGGCCAUGGUCCAGGACUUCCUGGGCCUCAGGCGGCUCGUGUCCGAGGACCACUUCUACUUCAACCGAACGAAGGGUUUUCCCUGCCUAAAGAAGAGUGAAGGUAGCGGCAGCCCUCACUGCCUCGGCAAGACCAAAGGCCGCACCCACCCGAGGCUCAGUGAGGUGAACGUGCGUAGGCUGAGAAAGUUCUUUGAGCCGCACAACGAGGAGUUCUUCAAACUUGUGCAACGUGACUUUGGGUGGGAGCGCGCUAGGUGAGCGUCGAAAGUACUAGAAAAUACUUGUUUUAAAAAAAGAAAUGCGAAGAAGUGACUUAGUGUCCGGCCGUGUUCUUCAGCCAAUUCUACCAUCGGCUUCCACGCACACAAAAAUAAGACUCGCUUCGCUCAGUGAUCCUUUCGCAUCUCGUUGUGCUCCGAAAACAUUAUUCAGCGAGCUCGUGAAAUACUACAACCACUCUGUAUUUAUUUGGUCGCUCCAGCUUAUCAUCUGACAAGGCAGUGACGUGGUUUAAAAUAGCUUCGGGUAGGAAGGGGAGACGACGACGGACACAUGUAACGUUCUCUGAGCCACUUUCGAUUCUCCUACAAUAAUCUACCAACCAGUACACUUCUGCAAGGCACAAAAAUGAUUGCGUUUACAAAACCCUGCUUGCAAGAUGUGCGUUGGUACCAAUAAACGCGGAAUAAAUUCCAUAGCCGAAAUACAGCUAGCCCUUGCAUCCCAGCGUCUAAUAGACAAUUCAACUGUCACGGCCCACAUAUCAUGUGCGCCAAGCAU